AUGGCGGUGCCGGACGAGGCGGCGGCCGGCGACGGCAGGCCGGUGCCGGUGGAGAUGAAGAAGUCUGCGUGGACCAAGGAGGAGGACGCCGUGCUGCGGGAGCAGGUGCGGCUGCACGGCCCACAGAACUGGGCGGCCAUCAGCGAGGCGCUGCCCGGGCGCAACCCCAAGUCGUGCCGCCUCCGCUGGUGCCAGCACCUGAGCCCCGUCGUCGACACCGCCAGGCCCUUCACCCCGCAGGAGGACGAGAAGAUCAUCGCGUAUUACCGCAAGUACCCCAACAAGUGGGCCACCAUCGCGGGCUUCCUCCCGGGCCGCACCGACAACGCCAUCAAGAACCGCUGGCACUCCGUCCUUGGCAAGGUGUACCAGCAGCAGCGGGCGGCUGCACCCAUCCACUACCGCCUCGCCGACGGGACGUUGGUUCUGUUUCCAUUGGCGCCGGGGGAUGUCAAGGCGUUUGGCAGAGACAUGAUGACCCCAGUGCUCCACCACCCGCCGCCCGGCGUUGAUCUGAGCGGCGCGUGCCUGAAGCUGUUUCCGCUGGUGGCAGGGGAUCUCGUCAGGGGCAACAAUGCGAGCGAGGCAGCGGCGAUGGAUGUGGAUUACGGCACCGAUGAAUCGCUUGUCCAGCUGAGGCUCUGGCCGUCUACAAACCACGACGGCGGCGUUCAAGGCGAUGAUGGUGCAGGCAGUUCGAGCCCCUAG